CCUGUUUCUCCCUCCAACAAAUUAUCAAGUUAAUACUUCAAUAAAAAUAUGGCAAUCCAAGUUGACGCAUUUUACUAUCUUCGACAAAUUAUAUUACUUAAAUUAAUGCUUUAGUUAUGAAACCAAUUUGUAUUUACGCAUUAAAUAGAAAGGUCUAAAAAAUGGUUGUGCUCUGCCUAUUAGUCACAUUCCUCUUGGGUGUUAAUCUUUCGGACCAAGUUUCUGUUCAAGCUAAAAAUAUUACUGACAUUUUAGAAGAACAGAAUGAAAACAAAUUGCAACCACUUACUAGUGAUUCCAAAAACAUAAUUGGAUUAAAAAACGAGAGUUAUUAUGAACAGGAAUGUGACUGUGGAUUUGGAUCAAGAUCAUGCUACUAUAACUCAUAUGGAGUGAAAAUUUGCGACUGCAGAACUGAUUACGAAGAAAACAAUGGCAAAUGUGAACGGUGUUAUUGUGGAUUCAAUGCUAGAUCAUGCACUUUCAUAAAUAACAAAAAAGUCUGUAGAUGUCCAGAAAAUUAUUUACAAAACGACUUCGGCCAAUGUAUAGAAUGUGAUUGUGGAUACGAUGCAAUAAGUUGCCAUUUAAAAGGUUUCUCUAAAGUAUGCACUUGUAGAAAAGGAUACAUUGCUGAAUAUGGUAAAUGCGAAAGAUGUGAUUGUGGACCAAAUAGCAUUUCCUGUGAACUCACUUCUGACAAAUAUACCAGAUGCACAUGUGUGGCAGGUUACGUAGCUGAAAGAAGAACGUGGGAGAUGGACGAAACCUGCAAAUUACCUGAGGCUAGUGGAUGGAGAAUUGCAACCUAUAUCGAAUCCGUGAUUUUUGCCCUCAUCAUCAUCGUGUGCACCAUCAUCAUUUGCUGCAAAAGAAUGUCUGAUUAGUAAAUAAAUUUGCUUCAAGAAUGUCCUUUUACUACCCGAUCUGUUUGAACAACUAAGAAACUCAUAUUUGUCUAAGACACAAAAUUCAAUAAAUUAUUAGAA